AUGUUCACAGCGACCAAGUUGCAGGUGGCAACUUACUUGUUCGGAGUUUGUCCUUUCUCCAUUGCAUUUCUGGUCUUCUUGAACUCUUCUGUCUCAUUUGUUAUUACUGAUCUCAUUGGACAACAAGACCGCGUCGGAGAUGCUGUAGGGACAUUGGGAUUCGCAGACGAGCUGCUCGCUCUGGUGGCAUGUCCACUCUGGGGGCUGCUGGCAGACCGCAUCCUCGGACUACGUCUUGUCUGCGUACUGGGUUAUUUGAUCAUCGGUCUGUCACUGGUGGUCUUUGUGCAAGCACGAGAUGUCUAUCCACAACUGUUGUUGGCGAGAUUGCUGUUCAGUGUGGGUGGCGCCGCUGCAUCUACUAUGGUCACCGCAAUUCUUCCUGCUGUAGCAGGAAAUUCGCAAUCAACAGAGGAGAGUGAGCGAGGAAGGUCCACAGAAGCUAUGGACAAUAAUCGUCAUUCAUUCAGCCCUUCAGUUGCUUCGGAGCUGACCAUCACGCCUGCGAGAUAUGCUUCAAGAUCUCCCCAACGCAACAUAAAGCUUGUGGCCCAGGACGGCGAUUCGGAUAUUGCACGCUCCACAAGCCGCCUUGCUGGUCAUGUCGGAAUGCUGACUGGAGGAGGCGCUUUGAUCGCUUUGAUGGUGUUCCUUCCCCUACCCGCAAAAUUUCAGUAUGCUGGGUACGACCAGGAAACCGCACUCCGAUACAGCUUCUACAUCGUCGCAGUAAUUGCGCUCAUCUUGGCGGUGUGGUGUUCAUUUGGUCUUGGAGGUCUGCAGACAGAGUUGGAAAGCGAUGAAUCCAAAAGUCAAGCCCAUGAUAAAUCGCUCAUGUUGCGGACUUCGGGAGCUCUGAAGGAAAUGUACUCCGAUUUCCUCACCGCACUCCUGAUAGGUUUCAGGCAUUCGGAGAUCGCCAUCGGCUAUAUCGGUGGAUUUGUGGCACGAGCAUCAUCCGUGGGCAUCUCCUUAUUCGUUCCUCUCCUUGUCAACGCCAUGUUCAUGUCAUCAGAUCUCUGCCAGGCUGCAGGAGAUCUAGGCAACCCUAGCGGACUCCCGGACAUCAAGAGAAGGUGUCCACGUGCAUAUGUUGUUGCCGCGGAAUUGACCGGAGCUGCCGAAACGGUCGCUUUGAUCUUCGCACCAAUAUUUGGCUACUGGAGCGCCAAAUCUGCAAGAAAAGAGUAUCCUCUGAUCUUCGCCGCAGUCGCCGGCAUCACUGGAUACCCACUCUUUGCAAGUCAAUUCGACCCGGAUGACAAAGACACUGGCAGGAGAGUCGUCGCAUUUUUGGCUGUCAGCUUGAUUGGUAUUAGUCAGAUUGGAGCAAUUGUCUGCAGCUUGGGCACUUUGAGUAAAGGGAUUCUCGAAGGAGCUAUUCAGAAUACAAGGAAGUCUCCGGUUGAGUCGACGAAUGACGAAAGUCAACCGCUUCUCAAUGAUCCAAGUUCACGGAGCAAUGAUACUAGGCUCUCCGCACUUAAGGGGUCCUUCGCGGGAGUCUAUUCCCUCUAUGGAGGUGCUGCUAUCUUGAUCUUGACAAAACUCGGAGGCCUCAUGUUCGACAAAGUCUCAUUAUCCGCUCCCUUCUACAUCAUGGCAGCGUUCAAUAGCAUCUUGUUGUUGGCUUGUGUGGUGCUGAGCUUGCAAAGGGCCAAGUCAUCUGGUGAAGCGAACAACGCGAAUGGCAUACUCGGUUCGUGA